AUGAAUGGAGACUUAGAGUACACCUGGCAAGAGUUUACAGAUAAACUCCACCUCAUCCGACCCGACCUGUCCUCGUUCUUCCCCCUGGGCCAGCCAAAGUCCAAGUCGGAAGGAGGGGGGUAUACACCUGCCAAAUGGGCUUUCGACGCGAAAAAGUCGAGGGAAGAGUUGGGUAUUGAGUAUCGUACGAUGGAGGAGACGUUGAGGGAUGCUGUGGGUUUUUUUGAAACGAUUGGAGCGUUUCAGCAAGGGGUAGUGGAAGAGAAGAAGGACUGAUUUGAUGUUUGGGGGAAUAAUUGUGAUAGGUAAACUCGCCUGACUUGCUAUAUAUAUACGCUUCGAGAAAUAGGACUUGGGGAUGUGC